UGUGGCAGGUGUCUGGGCAAUCCCGGCCAGCAACACAUACUGCGCUCUUCGGCCGCGUGUCUCUAUUCAUUCGGUCUACCCCGUUGGCUCCGGCUCAGACCGUACACUGCGCGCAGUGUCGGGUGCGUAUGCAGCAAGUGCAAAUGCUUCGUUCGACAUCGACUACUUUCCGCAUCCCAUGCCUACCACCAUCGAUGACUACGCCCACUGGGUCAAGUCACCCAUCUCUGCAGAUGUUCUGCCGUGGUACCCGCGCGGUGGCGGGUACACCAUCUUUGAUGGCGACCACUAUGAGCCGCUCGACGACCUGUGGGCAGCAUCGGAUCUAGGCUCGGACCUCCCGCAGCCGGCCAUCCGGGCAUGUCGCGGUGCGGACGGUGUCAUGUAUGCUGUCCCACUCGUCGCCGAGUCGCAAUUCUGCGUCUACCGCGAAUCGUUCUUUGCGGCGCGUGGCCUCUCAGCGCCGCGCUCGUGGUCCGAGUUCCUCCAGCUCUGUGCCGCUGUCUCGAGCGAUGGCACUGCUUGCCUUGCCACGGACUUUUCCUGGUUCCCGGCCUCUGCUGUCUUUGACUACCUUGCAAUCCGGAUGCACGGCAACGCGUUCUUCACCUCGUUUUCGAGGGAAACGUCUCGUUUACGGAUCACCGUCUUAUGGACACCUUUACCGAGUACGGCCGCCUGCUCGAGGCCGGCUACUUUGCGCCCACGCCCGAGUCGGGCUUUACCCUCAUGCCUGACUCGAGCUGGCUCAAAGACAAUCGUGCUGCCAUGUACUGCGGCAUCUCCGCCGCCACCGGUGUCCUCAUCGGUGCCGGUGUAUCAUCGACUGACCUCAAGGCUUUUGCAUUCCCUCGCUAUGAUGGGUCACGCGGUAGUGCUGGUUCCGACACGCCCACCAACGCCGCGCUCUCACUUCUUACCACGCUCUCCAUUCCUCGCAACGCUCAGCACAAGACCGAGGCCAAGGACUUUCUGGCCUUCCUCUCACGGCGCGAGACAGCCGUCAACAUCACGCUCCCUGCGCUUCAAUCAGGGUUCCCCCUUCGCCUCUCGGCUGCCUCUCUCGCUGCCUCUUCGCGCGCGCGGCUUGGUGUCACCUUGCUCUCGGCCAUGUCCGAGCGAGCGCCGCAGGUCUCGCGCUCGGCAUUUGGCCCGAGCGAGCUCUCCAUUGCAUGGGGAGCUCUUCUUGACGCGAUCAACCUCGGUGCAACGUCAGUGGAUCAAACGCGUGCCAUGGCCGACGAUAAGCUGCCGGUCAUCGAGGCCACUCGCCAGGCACUGCUUAACCUGCUUACUAUCUCUCCGAUCGUCCAGCCGGGCGGAGGCUCAUUUGCCGGCUCGGUCACAGUCACGCUCUCGACGCCCACCACCGGUGCCACCAUUUACUACACCAUUGACGGAACUGAGCCGCGCCUGUCAUCCGCUGAGUAUUCGGGGGGGUUUGUGCUCUCCGCCAAGGGAACCAUAGUGGUCCGGGCCUUUGCUGUCGCCUUUGGCCUCCACCGUUCUCCUGAAGUCUCUGCGUCGUUUGUAAUAACCGCAUCAAGCGAUGCUCUCGUCGCUCGCCCGUCUGCCGCGGUCAGUGUUGGCAUGGUGAUUGGCGCUGCGGCAGGAGGCAUUUGCUUUGUCGCCUUGAUCCUCGCUUUCGCUCUGGUUUUUCUCCGCCGAAAGCGCACCAUGGUCCACUCGAUUAACUCGAGUGCAGACCUCAUCAUCGAGCCUGAAAGCCUCCAUCUGGAAGUUCAUAUUGGCUCGGGCUCGUUUGGCGAGGUGUGGAAGGGUACGUGGCGGUCGGCCAAUGUGGCUGUCAAGCAACCGCGAUCGUCAAUCGUGUUUGACGUCGCUGCCUUUGCCGACGAGGCCCGCAUCCUGCAUCGCCUCCGCCACCCGCACAUUGUUAUUUUCAUGGGCAUUACCGUUAACCCUGCAGCAAUCGUGACUGAGUACAUGGAUCGCGGCUCGAUGUACCAAGUCCUUCACGAUCCUUCGCUGUUCCUGCAUCCAUUGAUUGUGCUCAAGUGGGCUCACAACAUCACCAUGGGCAUGGCCUACUUGGCGGCGUCAGACGUCGUCCACGGCGACCUCAAGUCGCUCAACGUCCUCAUCGACAACGCGUGGACUCCCAAGAUCUGUGACUUUGGCAUGUCCACCAUAAUUCGCCCAAUAGCCGAGGCCGAGAACGACGUGUCGUCGCACGGCAGCUUCUUCAACACGGCUCCAUCAUCGCAUGUCUCCUCGCUCACCCCGCUUGAGCUGGCCCUUGGUAGCACUGGCCAUGACGAGUUGUACAAUGUUGGAACCCUUCUCUGGGCUGCACCCGAGACUGUCUUCUCGGGUGCACCUGGCAUGACAUCGGCCUCGGACGCGUACUCGCUCGGCAUCACGCUCUGGGAGCUGGCAUCGCGGGCUGACCUGUUUCCUUCUGAAAACCCCUUAGCCGUGGCCCUCGAUGCCCUCGAAGGUCGCCGCCCACCGCUGGCGGCCAUCCCGCCGUCACUCGUCGACAUUGUCCCGGUCAUCGAGGGACUGUGGGCCCAAGAGCCAGACGCCCGGCUGAGCUUUGACAGCGCUGUCGCCCAGCUCCAGUCUCUCUACUCGGUCGAGUCGGUGGUGUACCCGAGUCAGGACGCCCUGCCGAGUGGGCAUGUCAUCGUCAUGCACUGCGAAGUGCGGCUGGUCCGUCGCGCCUUGAUCAGCUCGCCGGCCGCACUCGGCGCGCCCCUCGCUGCCUUUCACACGCACCUUCCCAAAAUGGCCCGUAAGGCCGGUGGGCAUGUUCUUGCCUGGGGUCUCGGCUGGGUCACUAUCACUCUCCACGGUUUGGUUCAGCUCCUCGACAUGCUCAAACGCGUGACAGUCGUCGACCGAGGAGCGCUUCCCAUCGCCACGCUCAUUGUUCACGGUGAGCUCGAGACCGAGCCAAGUGUGGGACCCUGCAAUCCGAUGCUGAAAGGCCCUGUCAUGGAUGAGCUCGAGCUCAUAUGGCUUGCGCUCUUUGGCCAGAUGCGGUGCGGGGAGCUGCAGCCUCCUCUCACACCAGCGGUCACGUACUGGGCAAAUUCUGCCGCCACAGGCGAGGCUUCCGCCGGCCUCGUAGCGUCAUCGUCCAUGGCCGACCUCAUCCACUCAGCCAACCAUUCCCUUGCGAUUGAGGUCCUGGAAAUGCCGCUCGAAUGCCGAAUCGAAGGUCUCUUACAGAUCAUGCGGCCCGACGAGGUUGUCAGGCUCGACGGCUUACCCAUCUCCAAACCUGUCGCGGGUGGCUCUUCGCCACCGUCCUUGGAAGACGGCGACAACAGCGUGGGCAAUGUCGCGGCUCUGGCUGACUUUGCGCAGGCUGCGCCGUUUCUUCCCUCCAACUCGACCAUCUCUCCGGCUGCUGGCGAGUCGUCGGUGCCCUCGCGCCAGCCGCUCGCCCUCUUCACCGGCAUCACUCUCCGAAGGCUGGAGCAGCAAGCUGGCUCGACUCGGAUUGGCUCGCUCGGGCUUGCGCGCACCGUUGUCUAUCCACCGCUCGGCAACGCACCGGUUGUACUCAAGACGCUUGUGCGGCAAGCGCUGCCACCGCAGCAGCUUGUCGACUUUGUGCUCGCCGUCGCCACCGCCGCCAAGGCUUCAACGCCGCACGCUCGCGGACCGCUAGCGGUCUGCGUCGAGCGCGGCUCGCUGGCAUUCAUCGUCCCGUACUUUGCGCACGGCUCGCUCGCCGACGUCAUGGCCUCACGGCCGCAGCGCGGAGUAGGUGACCCUGGUGUUGUCCGCUCGCUUGCCAUCGGGCUUGCCGAUGCUGUGAACGACGUCCACGAGUGUUUGCCGAGAGGACACGGCGACGUCCGCCCGUCCAACUUUGGCGUCGAACGCUCCGGAACUAACUGGCAUCUGUACGCCAUCGACUUUGGCCUCGCAUCGGUCGCUCGCUGUCAGGGCACGCUCACCGCCGCGCCCGCCACCGUCUACAUCUCGCCCGAAGCUAUGACCCACCUUCCGAACUCGCCUGCCGCUGACAUGUUUGUCAUCGGCACCAUCCUUUUUGAGCUCGUCACCAGUCGGUCCGCCUUUAAGGGCACGCCGCUGGAGAUCUGCUUUAAGAUCCGGACCGGAUCGCGGCCGGACAUCGACUCGUCGAUCAUCCGCUCGCCCAUGCUCCGGUCCAUCAUUUCCCGCUGUUGGGACAUGGAUCACACCGCCCGCCCAUCGUCACGAGACAUGCUCGAAGUGCUGAAGAGCCUCAAGGACGUCGACUUUGGAUGAAAUGCGAGAGGUCGACGAGAAAAGGAAUGGCAGCGACGCAAAUGUAAACUUACCCAAACACCUCCGA